CAGUCGCAGUGAAUCCGGACCCUGCUACACCAGUGCAGCACAAACACUGGGGGUCUUUAUUCUCUGCUGUGUGGUAUAACGGAUCUGUACGGUUACUUGUCGGUAGUUUGGGUUUGUGCUGGAUAGGAUGACGGUGGAAGGGAUAGACGGAGUGGAGAGCUUUGACAGUAGGGGGAAAGGCAGGGGGCUGCGAGUGACCAGAGCGUACCGGGUGGGCGAGCUGCUGUUCGCGUGCCCAGCCUUCUCUCACGUGCUGUCGGUCAGCGAGCGCGGUCACACGUGCGAGCACUGUUUCGCCAGGAAAGAGGGCCUUUCAAAAUGUGGAAAAUGCAAGAAAGCCUUUUAUUGCAAUGUGGAAUGCCAGAAAGGUGACUGGCCGAUGCACAAGCUGGAAUGUUCGUCCAUGUGCACUUUUGGUGAGAAAUGGUGCCCAACCGAGACCGUCAGACUGGUGGCUCGGAUCAUCAACAAACUGAAGGUUCAGAAGGAGAGGAGUGCAUCAGAGAAACUGCUGCUAUUGAAGGACAUGGAGGGCAAUCUGGAUAAGUUGGAUAAUGAGAAGAGAGAGAUGAAUGAAGCAGAUAUUGCUGAACUGCACCACUUCUACUCCAAAUACCUGGACUUCCCCGAUCACCAGGCCCUGUUCUCUUUGUUUUCGCAGGUGCAUUGUAACGGCUUCACAGUGGAGGAUGAAGAACUCUCUCACGUGGGAUCAGCAGUGUUUCCAGAUGUUGCACUGAUGAAUCACAGCUGCUGUCCCAAUGUCAUUGUUACAUACAGAGGGAUUUUGGCAGAGGUUCGGGCGGUAAAACAGAUCAACAAAGGAGAGGAGAUAUUCACCAGCUAUAUUGAUCUGCUGUACCCAACAGAAGAUCGAAUGGAAAGACUCAGAGACUCCUAUUACUUUACCUGUGACUGUACAGAAUGCAAAACUAAAAUCCAGGACAAAGUAAAGCUGAAGGUGAGGACGUUGAAUGAUGACACACCACGUCCAGAAGCCAUCAGGGACAUGGUUCGUUAUGCCAGAAAUGCUAUUGAAGACUUCCGUCGAGCCAAACAAGAAAAAACCCCUGCAGAGCUGCUGGAGCUGUGUGAGCUCAGCAUAGACAAAAUGGGUUCCGUGUUUGAGGACUCUAAUGUUUACAUACUACACAUGAUGUACCAGGCCAUGGGAGUGUGUUUAUACAUGGAGGACUACGAUGGUGCUGUGAGCUAUGGAGAGAAAGUCAUAAAGCCCUUCAGGAAGUUAUAUCCAGCUUACUCAAUGAAUGUUGCCUCCAUGUAUCUGAAGCUGGGGAGACUCUACGUAGUGCUAAAUCGACCAUCUGCUGGAUCCACUACACUCAAAAAGGCGCUGGACAUUAUGAAGGUGGUUCACGGGAAGGACCAUGUUUACGUACAGGAGCUGCAGAAAGAAAUAAGCAAAAAACAGAAAUAACUGCACACUCCUUAAUCUCUCUACUGUAAUAAUUUAUUUCACCAGGUGGCUUAGAGAAAUGAUGCUGAUGUUUAUAGGUAAUAAAUACUUUUGUACUGGAAUGGACAUGAGAACCUUUACUCCAGAUUGUUUAAUAUUCUAGACUGUGGUUAUUUAUUCAUUAAAGCUUCCUAAAUAUGACUUUA